AUGUCUUCAAUUAAAAAAAGACCAGGAGGAGCUGAAAUUAAAAGAAAAGCUGUUGCAAAGGCAAAGAAAUGGGAAGAAAUAAGUAAGAAAAUUCCAAAAUUGGGAACAUAUUUCUCUAUGAAUACAAAUGUUGAGUCACUGAUAACUAAUGCCCAAACAGCAGUAAUAUGUCCUAAUGAAGUAACAUCUUUUGAAAACAAUCUACCUAAUGUUAUUGCAAAUAAUAAUCAUGAAAAUACAAAUUUUGAGUCAUUGAUAACUAAUGCCAAAACAGCAGUAAUAUGUCCUAAUGAAGUAUCUUAUUCUGUGAAAAAUCCACCAGAUGCUAUUGAUCAAAAUGAUAAAAAUACAACUAUUGAAAAAACCAAUAAUAAAGAUUUUACAAGCAAUUCACAUACCAUUGAAAUAUUUGAAACAUGUACAGUGGGCGUAGGCCCUAUUUGCUUACUAGCGAAUGAACAAAAUAACGUUUCUGAAUCCGUUGAAACUGAAAUUCCAGAUAUUGAUCCGGCACUAUGGAAAAUCAACUCCACAAGUAUUAAUUAUUUAUUAUUAAAUCCGCCGAAGCAAAAUUUGAAAUUAAUACAUUUAAAAAAAACUAAAAGAGUUAUUGGUAAAUAUGUGAGGUACCUUCCAUUAAAUAUAUUCUAUAGAAAAAUGCAAAAUGGAGAAACUCGUUUUAGGGAUUGGAUUUUAUAUUCACAAUCAAAAUAUUCUUUAUUUUGUUUUCAAUGUUUAUUGUUUGGUAAUAAAAAAACAUUGUUUGAAAAUCAAGUUAAAGGUUUCACUGAUUGGAAAAAAUGUUAUGAUAAAAUUAGUGAGCAUGAGAAGAGUUUGACACACGCACAGUCAGUAAAAUCAUGGCAUUUGAGGAUGAUAAAUUCUGGUCAAUGUGGAAUAGAUAAGGAAAUGAAAAAGGAAACACUUAAUAAUUUGUCAUAUUGGAAAAAUGUUUUGCAUAGAGUUGUGGAAACUUUGAAAUUUUUAACUUCUAGAGGAUUAGCUUUAAGAGGACAAAAUGAACAUUUUGGCUCUGAACAAAAUGGAAAUUACCUUGGAUGUUUAGAACUUAUCGCUAAAUUUGAUCCUUUUAUUUCUGAACACAUAAAAAAAUAUGGAAAUAAAGGACAUGGUAAUGUUUCUUUCUUAUCUUCAACUAUAUGCGAUGAAUUUAUUAUUCUUAUGUGUAAAACUGUUUUUGAUGAAAUAACUAAACAAGUAAAAAAUAGAAAAUACUUUUCACUCAUUAUUGACUCAACUCCAGAUAUUUCAAAAACUGACCAAUUAACAAUUGCUUUACGAUAUGUCAUGUUUGAUGGAACACCAGUUGAGCGGUUCAUUGGAUUGCUUCCUUCAGUUGGGCACAAAGGAAAAGAUAUGAAAAAAGCAGUAGUUGAAAAGUUAUCAAACAUGAAUAUAGACAUAAAAAACUGUCGUGGUCAAGCAUAUGAUAAUGCUUCAAAUAUGUCUGGCAUGUAUAAUGGUUUGCAAUCACAAAUUAAACAAUAUUCUUCUAAUGCUGAGUUUAUCCCUUGUUCAGCUCAUUCUCUGAACUUGGUCGGGUCAAAUGCAGCAGAAUGUACUCCUGAAGGAACAAAUUUUAUUUUUACUGCUCAAAUGAUAUAUAAUUUUUUUGCAUUAUCUACAUAUAGAUGGGAACUUUUAUGUAAUUUAUAUAAAGAUAAUACAAAUUGUACACAACCAACUCAUCUUAAAAAAUUAUGUACUACACGGUGGUCUUCCAGGUACGACGUAUGCAUAGCUCUUUUACGUGGAUAUGACAAGAUAAAGGAUGCUUUAGUAACUAUUUUAAAUGAUGAUUUACAGAAAAAAGAAACAAAACAUGAAGCAUUGUCAAUUUUAAAGAAAAUAUCCACUUUAGAAUUUGCUUUUAUGAUCUGUAUGUGGACUCCUAUUCUUAAACGUUUUAAUGCUACCAGUCUUACAUUACAAUCUGUAUCAAUAGAUUUAUCUACUGUUGUAAAACUAUACGAAUCAUUAGAAUCGUAUGUAAAAGAAGUUAGAAAUAAUUUUAAUCAGUAUUUAUUAGAAUCACAGCAGUUGUGUGGAAAAGUGGAUUUUUCAACAAAAUCUUCCAGAACUAAAAAACGGGUUUUAUUUGCAAAUGAAACUAAAUCAAAAGGAGUUGUUCAUGAAGGAUCUGAAAAAAUGAAAAACGAAGUGUUUCUAGUUAUCUUGGACUAUUUAAUUGCUGAUUUAAAUAGAAGAAAAAAAUCUUAUUCUAAUAUCAACAAUAACUUUGGAUUUUUUCUAAAUUUAGAGAAAGAAAACACAGAAAAUAUUAAAAUCCACGCAGAAAAACUUAUUGAUAUUUAUCCUGAUGAUAUUGAAAACGAUUUCAUAGAAGAAGUAAUACAAUUUAAAGAUAUAAUUUGUAACUUUUCUGCUGAAAACAAGUCAUCUGUAAUUAACAUGUUAAAAGCUCUCAUACAAUCUCAGCUUUCUUCAACAUUCCCAAAUGUUGAAAUAGCUCUAAGAAUUUUUUGCUCUCUUCCAUGCUCAAAUGUCACUGGAGAACGUUCUUUCUCAGUUCUGAAAAGAGUGAAAAAUUAUCUUAGAUCAUCGUUAUCUAAUGAAAAACUUUCGGCUCUAUCCAUAUUGAGUAUAGAGAAUACAAUAUUAAAACAAAUAGAAUGGGAACAAAUAAUUCAUAAAUUUGCUUCGGGAAAAGUUACCAGAAAAAAAUUAAUCUAA